ACAGUAGACAUUACAUAUGGCGGUUUACGCUGCCUACGGAUUUUACUCGAACAUCCGGGUACUCCAAAACCGAAAGUAAAACUUCCGCUUAGUGUUUAUAGGUGUAUUGUCAUGUUACCCAUCAAAAUUAUUCGAAUUAAAAGAGAUAAAAGUGAUACAUGCAAUCUUUAUGCUUCGGCCUGUCAUUCAUGCACUGGGAAGUUUGAGAAAUGGAGAGGAUGUUUUUCUGCAUACUGGUCGUCGCUUGGUGCUGUAUAAUGACAGCUCCUGUGAACGGCGUCCGUUGCUAUGCAUGUACUGGAGAUGCAAACAUUACCCAAGGCUGUUUGGAUCCAAUCGACCCCAACGCACCUGGUGUCCUAAUUGACGAUAGCUGUCUCAAGAAAUGCUACACGCAAUACGCCUAUGGCGGUGUACAAAGAGGCUGCGUACCUCCUGGAAUGGAGAUCGACAACACAUGUUCAACUGGCGAUGAUGGUAUAAAGAGGUGUGUCUGCGACAAAGAUCUCUGCAACGCCGCCUCGUCCAACUACUAUGUGUCUACGCUUCUAUCAGUUACAAGAACACCUGUGAACGGCGUCCGUUGCUAUGUAUGUGGUGGCCAUGCAAACUUUAUGCAAGGCUGUAUGGAUCCAUUCGACCCCAACACGCCUGGUGUCCAAAUUGCAGAUAACUGUCUGAACAAAUGCUAUCACAUGCACUUCACCCAUGGCGGUGUAUCAAGAGGCUGCUUAUAUUUUGGAGCUGAAUUCAACAACGCAUGUUCAACUGGCGAUGAUAAUAUAACGAGGUGUGUCUGCGACAAAGAUCUCUGCAACGCCGCCUCGUCCAACUACUAUGUGUCUACGCUUCCAUCAGUUACAAGAACUCCUGUGAACGGCGUCCGUUGCUAUGCAUGUACUGGAAAUGCAAACAUAACCAAAGGCUGUAUUGAUCCAAUCGACCCCAACGCACCUGGUGUUCGAAUUGUAGAUAACUGUUUGGGGAAAUGCUACACGCGAUACGCCGAAGGCGGUGUACAAAGAGGCUGCGCACCUCCCGGAAUGGAACUCGACAACAAAUGUUCAACUGGCGAUGAUGGUAUAAAGAAGUGUGUCUGCGACAAAGAUCUCUGCAACGCCGCCUCGUCCAACUACUAUGUGUCUACGCUUUUUUCAGUUGGCAUCGCAUUGUCCAUCUUGCUCAUUCAAAGAAUUGCAUAAAUUAUUGAGAUUUUUUUCAAGAAAGAUGGAUUUUGUUUUUGUACUUUUUGAAUUUACAUUUGAAAAUUAUAACUUUGACUAACGUUUUGCCUUAGUGAAAGGUCUUAGCAUUAGCUUUUACUAUUGAGAUAUGAUAUGAUAUAAUUUCACUUAUUUUUCGAUAUUGGAAAAAAACAACUUUCAUUCUGAAAUGAAUGAAAAUAACAUGAAUAUGUUCUUAAUUAAAUUCUUCUUCUAUAUUGCACAAACAAAAAGGCCAAUAUAUGCUGUAUUAACGUGUUUCUUUUCAAAACGUUUUCAAAUAUCCGUUUAAACGAUUCCAUAAUUUGUAUCUGAUCUUAUGGAAUUGCAUACUUGUAUUCUAGUUUAACAGGUUAGUUAAGCUUAAACGAUGACCAUGGUGUACAUGUAUGCCAAUGCGGUCACCAUAAAUAAAAAUCCGCUUAUGAAAGUAAUAUUGCCUUUUCAUUUGUCAUUCUUAUUACCCUCGAAUAAACAUGUAAUUACCAAAUAA